CUGCGCUGCGGCGAGACCUGUGUGCGCCGCGCUCCCCUUGUUCCGGAUACACACUUCGCCGCGGCUCUCUCUACUCCCGUGCUCGUGUGUGGCGGUGCGUGCCGGCGCUGUUGUGUGAGCGUGUUUUGGGCCGAAAGGCUCAGUGCCUUUGCGGCGCGCCGCAGGCGGCGUUCGACGGCGACGACGACGGACGCCUUCUUCGGAAACUGGAUAUCCCGAGUAACCAGAUCCUCGAGUGCCGCCCGGGGAUCGCACUGUUUGUGAGUGUGUGUGUGUCUGUGCGCGAGUGUCUCUGGGUUGCUGCUGCCUACUUUCCGAGUGGAUGCAGCGCCGGCAAACUUGGCGCUCUGCGCGUGACUCAACGACCGACUGAGGAAGGUGUGCACGUGGUGGUCAGUUCGGACCUGCACUCUUUAGAAUAAGGAUGCACGGUGCGAAGGCUAGUGUUGGGAUGAUUUUGUGAAGCAGUUGUUGAGAGAGCGUGGCUACUACUGUCGAGGCGUCGACAGUAGCCAGUGUGUCGCCGUCAUCUCGAUACCUUUUGUGACUUUGGUGUUCCGGCUCACGGAGCCAGGAAUUCUACCGUAAGCCAGUGAUGUGAACGCGUCGAGAGAGUAAAGAGAAACCUCGUGGGCGACGGGUUCGCCCAAUCAACCGACGCUGCCAAACUGGGGGCUGAAAAACCAACAAUUCUACCAGUACCACCCCCCCGCUGCUGCUUGUAGCGACUCCUCUUCAUCAAUCAAUAACCCCGUCAUGUGAGAAAAGCCCUUCGCGACUUCCCGUCCGGGGCAACGCACAAAACCGCAAACACGGCGGGCUUUCAGUUCACCAUGGAGCUCUUUCCAGUGCUCUGGCUGGCAGUAUCAGCAACGGCACCUGUGCUCAUAGUGCUGUGCCUCUGGGUGGCCUAUGUGUUCCACACGUACCGUCGCAAGUGGAGGACCGUCGACCUGUUCCUGCUGUCCGUCUGCUGCCAGGACCUGGUCACGGCGCUCUUCUGCUUCGCCUUCUCGGUGCUUCGACUCAUCGGGCCCAAAAUGGCCGCCGCCCCAUGCGGGUUCGUCCUGUGGGGACUGGCGGCGAGUCGCACCUUCCAGCUAACGACGCUAGCGUCCGCGGUAGGCGACCGACUUCUCACAAUCCGAUGGCCGUACCGGUAUCGGUUCAGCGUACGCCGUAACCAGAUCCGGUACCACGUUGCCGUACUGGCCGUCAUCGGCGUCUUGAUCGGUGUCGCGUCGGCGUUCGCCCGCUCCUCGGAGUCUAUGUUGGAGUGCUCGCUACAUCCGCAGCUCUGGGACAGCCGGUACACGCUGUUCGUGCUCGUCCUCUACGGAAUGCUCAUGGCGAGCAGCGUCGGCAUGAGUGUUGCCAUGGAAGUGCAGCGAUGGCAACUCGGUCGCAAGGCACGCCUCCAGCAGCUGCGCACCGCGACACCGGAAUACGGAACGACAAGCACUGGAAGCAGCGUCAGCUCGUCUAGUUCGAAGCCUCUGCACGUGCUUGGAAGACAAACGUCCAGGAGGCCGUACAGCCCGCAGGUUCUGUGCGAGGCCGGUGUGUCAGAGUAUCGCUGGACGGUCGUCGCCGUGGUUACUUUACUGUCCUUCGCUGUCAACCAUCUGCCCUUCCUGGUGAUGGUUGUGCUGGGCGCGUACAUCGACGGCUUCUGGAGCCCAUGGCACGACAUGGCAGUCGUAUGGCUGCGACUGGCCCAGGGAUUCCUCUUCCCGAUCGUGCUGUGCGUCACCGAUCGCCACCACUGGUCGGCACUCAAGAAGACCCUGCAGAGACGGUCGGCGUCGGCUGACUUCACCGGAGGUGACGAGAACCGCUACCGGUUGUACCCGGGAGACGGCAAGAGCUACAUCAAGCACCUGGGUCCCGUGGCGCCCAUAGGCAUCAUCACAAACUACAAGCGCUCAUCGACCAACUACGGCCGCGUGACCAAGACCCGGCCUGGUCGCACCAGUUCUUCGAGAGCUAGCGACCGGCCCCGAAUUCCGGGCCUGCCGCCGCCCACUUACAUGGUUCCGGGCAUCUACAACGUUGACUGUGUGCUCGACAAGGCGGCCUACUUGCGGAGCUGCGCCGUCCAGCUGCAGCACCAGCAACACUUGCAACAGCAGCAGCUGCAGCAGCAGUCGCCCGACAGUCCGGGAUCGCCGCUAAAACGGCCCCUGGAAGACGCUGGGAGCUGCUGUUCCAUCGACUCGGCGGUCAAGGUCCACAUACCAGCCGUAGACUACGAUUCCGAGAAGUCACGACCCGAUGACGACGAGCGGCGCCACCAGGUGGCCAUGCUGACGCCUCAAGACCUACCCGCGUGGAUCCAGCAGGCCCAGGAAGAGGACCACAUAUACGCGACGCUGUCGGACACACUCAGCCUUAGGUCCACCGUAGCCGGCGAGAGCUGCGCCACGCUCAGUGCUCCCGAGGAAGAGUCCGACUCGGACGACGCCGGCUCUUUCACGACGGAUGCCAACGACGACUUCGAGUUCCACGAUACCCGGCCGUGCGGUGGUGAGGUGCGCAUGCGGCCUUCGACCGGCUCGGACGUCGCGUAUGCUACGUACGGCGUGGUUCAGCACCAUCCUUCGAAUGACAACAAUGGCUGCGGAGGUUACGGCCGCAUCCAGAAACCCACGGACCCACCGCCGUACCAGGAGUCCUGUUGCAAUAUCGCGGGUUCCCGUAACGCUUCGUACUCGAUGAACGACCUCGACCUGAUCGACAAGAUGGAGGACGGUGACGACGACCGAGCGGGAGACGGCUUCCGGGCACCGUGGCGACAGCCCAGGAGCGAGUCACUCAUGUCUCUGUACAAUCCGCCCGCUGAACAGGAACCCGAAGUCGUGCCGGUCGAGGACGUUCUGGUCAAGGAUCCGGCAACCACGGGCGACCCUUAUAGUCUAGGCCAGAAGGUCAUGGAGGCCAUCAUGAAAAACGGACGUUCAUCGUUCGUCAUUCGCAGGAAUUAUGUGCGCAAGGCCAAGAAGAGGAUCGGCCUGAAGAAGCACAAGCUCGUCUUCGACUGCGAAGGCAUCGACGAUGGUUUCACGGCCGUCCGCAGGUUUCCUUUCCAGCAGCAUCGGCUUGGCGGCAUCAACGCUAUCCGCAGGAUCGGCAGCCCCACCAGCCAGUGGCAUGUGCCCGCAGGACCUGCCGGGAGGCUGACGGUCAUCUCCGAGUUCAUAUAGGUGUACAUAUGUAUUGAUGCUAACCCCUGUCUGGGCCCUUUGACGUAAGCGGAGUAUGCAAUGCCGCGGUGUACAGCGGUGGCCCGAUCGUGUACAUAACGCUGCUGCUUGUCUCUUUCGAAAAGUGUCAAACAAGCGGCCCCCAGAGCUCCUG